UGCAGUGCUGACACUUGUAUUAUAACCUAGAAAUUUUUAAAAUAGUGUAAUUUCAUAAUUUGAAUUUCUCUGCAAUUAUGCUAUAUUCCAGUGACAGCAGUGAUUGUGACAGUGAUGAAGAAUUUUUUACAAAAAAGUGUUUCGCGGUGGAGUUACCCAAAAAUUUCGAUCCAAACUCGACGCCAAGCACAGGUGAAGAGUACCUACAGCAUGUCAUGUACGAAGCACGUAAUUGUGACAAAGUAAAGUCAGUGAAUUUUGACAGCCACAAGUUUCGCCAGAAACAAACGGUUUACGUCUCCGAAACGGAUCGUGAUUAUGUGGCUGCACCAACACGAAUGGUACCGUCGAUUGAAUGGCAAGAAAACAUCAUACGUGAGUUUGAAGAUUAUCGACACUAUGUUGCGUCACAAUUGCCACACACUCCCAAUCCCAAGAAGUCUGACUUUAUAUGGAGUGAGAAUUCGGCAUUGGAAUAUCCCGAGCUUCUAACAAUAACCAAUCUGAAUUGCAUAGAGCAGACUUCAAUAUUAAAACGAAUAAUCGAAAACUUGGAAAGCAUCAAGGAAGGAUGCAGCAUAGACAGGGUACUAGGUUGUUGGAUAUACAGUAUUUUAAGUGUGUUGGAGAAGCCAUUGUAUGGUAACAGCUAUCUUUUACUACGAGAUUUAUCUAGAGAGUGUAGUAAAAUUAGAUCUAAACUCCCUUCCGAUGCGUCACCUGAGCUGUACACACCGUUGAAUGUGUUUAUAUGCAUUGUGGCACGAUUCUUUGGCCAGUUAGAUUUAAUCGACUCCUAGUCUACACAUCCUUUAUUUCAAACACAUUUAUUAAAGUUAGGCCAUUUUUGUAUUUCUUGAUAAAGCAUUAACCCGGGACUGUGAGUUGCACUGAGCUGUCUCGCACCGUAUAGUUUGUAAUUGGAGCUAAUUUCUUGUAGUUCCUUUGCACAUUGUAUUAAAUCUUUACCUACU